AUGAGCAUGCUGCAACGCCAAGUCUGCCGUCAGCAGCCGUUCGCAGCCAGACGUCUGGGGCUGUCGCUGGUGACUGCAACACGGGCGCACUUUCGCACAUCUUCAGCGGCGAGACAAUCUACACUAAUGACAAGGCUGGCUCCUCUCCAGCUUACAUAUCGCACCUUGAGCAGCCCAUCAACGCUACUGAACUCCGCUUCCUUCGCUUCUGCGGCUGGUGUGACCAAGGAGCCGAGCAUACACAACGUCUUUGAGCCAGUCACAGGAACGUGGCAGUACGUAGUGGCUGAUCCGGCUACAUUGCAAGCCGUCAUCAUGGACCCGGUCUUGGACUAUGACCCAGUCAGCCAGGCCGUCACUACUGAAGCAGCCGACGCUCUGCUGGCUUUCGUCCGGGAGAAAAGCUACCAGAUCUGUCAUAUCCUGGAAACGCAUGCCCACGCCGACCAUCUGACCGCUGCAUCCUAUCUCCAGAGCCGUCUGGCAGAGAAGCAAGGACACAAGCCACGAAUUGGUAUAGGCAAACGCAUCACCCAAGUGCAGACUCUGUUUGGCAAGCGCUAUGGCGUUCCUGCAGAGGAGUACGGGGCUGUCUUUGAUACGCUCUUUGAGGACGACGAGACGUUUGCUAUUGGAAACCUGCAAGCGAAAGCUGUCCAUCUGCCUGGCCACACGCCGGAUCAUGUUGGAUAUAUGAUUGGAGACAACGUUUUCUGUGGCGAUUUGUUAUUUCACGCAGAUAUUGGCACUGCUCGAUGUGACUUUCCCGGAGGAAAUCCUAGUCAGCUUUUCCACUCGGGACGCAAGCUUCUCGCUCUGCCUGGACAUGUAAAGAUCUGGACAGGACACGACUACCCACCCGAGGACCGUCGAGACGCCGUGGCAUGCUUGACCGUGGACGAGCACAAAGCGCAAAACAAGCAUCUCUCUGGUGGUGUCACUGAGGAGGUGUAUGUGACCUUGCGUCGGGCAAAGGACGAGACAAUGGCAGCCCCAAGGCUCCUUCACCAGUCGCUUCAGGUCAACAUUCGUGGAGGUCGGCUGCCGAAGCCGACGUCAGAAGGCUUGCGGUUGUUGCAUCUUCCUUUGAAACCAAACGGGACGGAGUGGUGA